GCGGAACUACGCUCCCCGGCGUGCGCCGAGUGUCCGGGCAGCGCCGCCGGCCCCCGGGUGACGGCGGGAGGACGGAAGGCCGCGUCGCCGCCGUCCCAUUCUGCAGAUGGGGACGCCGAGUCCCGGUGCCGACGCCGCCUCCCCGGGGCUGGAGGCGGACGGCUGGGCCGGGAGCCUGGCGGAGGGCCCCGCGGCGCGGAUGUGCGGGGCGCAGCCGGUGCCGUUCGUCCCGCAGGUGCUGGGCGUGAUGAUCGGGGCCGCAGUGGCCGUGCUGGUCACGGCUGUGCUCAUCCUGCUGCUGGUGCGGCGGCUGCGAGUGCGGAAAACCCCAGCCCCCGAGGCCCCCCGCUAUCGGUUCCGGAAGAGGGACAAAGUGCUCUUCUAUGGCCGGAAGAUUAUGCGGAAGGUGUCCCAGUCCACUUCCUCUUUGGUGGACGUCUCUGUCUCCACCACUUCCCGGCCACGCAUGAAAAAGAAACUCAAGAUGCUCAACAUUGCCAAGAAGAUCUUACGCAUCCAGAAGGAAAUGCCCACGCUGCAACGCAAGGAGCCCCCUCCGUCGGUGCUGGAGGCCGACCUGACCGAGGGGGACCUGGCUAACUCCCACCUGCCCUCCGAGGUGCUGUACAUGCUCAAGAAUGUCCGGGUGCUGGGCCACUUCGAGAAGCCGCUCUUCCUGGAGCUGUGCCGACACAUGGUGUUUCAGCGGCUGAGCCAGGGUGACUACGUCCUCCGGCCGGGCCAGCCAGAUGCCAGCAUCUACGUGGUACAAGAUGGGCUCCUGGAACUCUGCCUGCCUGGCCCUGACGGGAAAGAGUGCGUGGUGAAGGAAGUGGUUCCCGGGGACAGCGUCAACAGCCUCCUCAGCAUCCUGGACGUCAUCACUGGUCACCAGCACCCGCAGAGGACUGUGUCUGCCCGGGCGGCCCGGGACUCCACGGUGCUGCGGCUGCCGGUAGAGGCCUUCUCCGCCGUCUUCACCAAGUACCCAGAGAGCCUGGUGCGGGUGGUGCAGAUCAUCAUGGUGAGGCUGCAACGGGUCACCUUCCUGGCGCUCCACAACUACCUGGGGCUAACCAACGAGCUCUUCAGCCACGAGAUCCAGCCCCUGCGCCUGUUUCCCAGCCCCGGCCUCCCGGCCCGCACCAGCCCCGUGCGGGGCUCCAAGCGAGUGGUCAGCACGUCAGCCGCUGAUGAGCCCCGGGAAGCCCCUGGCCGGCCGCCUGAGCCCACUGGGGCCCCAUUGCCCGGACCUGCAGGAGAGCCAGUGAAGCCCUCGGCCCUGGACGCGCCCCCCUCGGCCCCUCUGCUCAGUCGCUGCGUCUCCAUGCCGGUGGACAUCUCAGGCCUGCAGGGCGGCCCCCGCUCCGAUUUCGACAUGGCUUAUGAGCGCGGUCGCAUUUCCCUGUCGCUCCAGGAGGAGGCCUCCGGGGGUCCCCAGGUGGCGGCACCUGCUCGGACACCCACGCAGGAGCCCCGGGAACAGCCAGCAGGGGCCUGCGAGUAUAGCUACUGUGAAGAUGAGUCGGCCACUGGCGGCUGCCCCUUCGGGCCUUACCAGGGCCGCCAGACCAGCAGCAUCUUCGAGGCAGCCAAGCGGGAACUGGCCAAGCUGAUGCGGAUUGAGGACCCCUCUCUUCUGAACAGCCGCGUCCUGCUGCACCACGCAAAAGCUGGCACCAUCAUUGCCCGCCAGGGAGAUCAGGAUGUGAGCCUCCACUUCGUGCUCUGGGGCUGCCUACAUGUGUACCAACGCAUGAUCGACAAGGCGGAGGAGGUGUGCCUGUUCGUGGCGCAGCCCGGGGAGCUGGUGGGCCAGCUGGCCGUGCUCACGGGCGAGCCCCUCAUCUUCACCCUGCGCGCCCAGCGCGACUGCACCUUCCUGCGAAUCUCCAAGUCCGACUUCUACGAGAUCAUGCGCGCACAGCCCAGCGUGGUGCUGAGCGCCGCGCACACGGUGGCCGCCAGGAUGUCGCCCUUCGUGCGCCAGAUGGACUUCGCCAUCGACUGGACGGCGGUGGAGGCGGGACGUGCCCUGUACAGGCAGGGCGACCGCUCCGACUGCACCUACAUCGUCCUCAACGGGCGGCUGCGUAGUGUCAUCCAGCGUGGCAGCGGCAAGAAGGAGCUGGUGGGCGAGUACGGCCGCGGGGACCUCAUCGGCGUGGUGGAGGCGCUGACCCGGCAGCCGCGAGCCACCACGGUGCACGCUGUGCGAGACACAGAGCUCGCCAAGCUCCCCGAGGGCACCUUGGGCCACAUCAAACGCCGCUACCCGCAGGUUGUGACUCGCCUCAUCCACCUGCUGAGCCAGAAGAUUCUGGGCAACCUGCAGCAGCUGCAAGGCCCCUUCCCAGGCUCGGGGCUGGGAGUGCCCCCACACUCGGAGCUCACCAACCCGGCCAGCAACCUGGCCACCGUGGCGGUGCUGCCCGUGUGUGCCGAGGUGCCCAUGGUGGCCUUCACCCUGGAACUGCAGCACGCCCUGCAGGCCAUCGGCCCCACACUGCUGCUCAACAGUGACAUCAUCCGGGCGCGGCUGGGGGCCUCGGCCUUGGACAGCAUCCAGGAGUUCCGGCUGUCGGGCUGGCUGGCGCAGCAGGAGGACGCGCACCGCAUUGUGCUGUACCAGACGGACGCGUCGCUGACGCCCUGGACUGUGCGGUGCCUGCGCCAGGCAGACUGUAUCCUCAUCGUGGGCCUGGGGGACCAGGAGCCCACGCUGGGCCAGCUGGAGCAGAUGCUAGAGAACACAGCCGUGCGUGCCCUCAAACAGCUGGUGCUGCUCCACCGGGAGGAGGGCCCGGGCCCCACGCGCACAGUAGAGUGGCUCAACAUGCGCAGCUGGUGCUCCGGGCACCUGCACCUGCGCUGCCCACGCCGCCUCUUCUCACGUCGCAGCCCGGCCAAGCUGCACGAGCUCUAUGCCAAGGUAUUCUCCCGGCGCGCCGACCGGCACAGCGACUUCUCCCGCUUGGCGCGCGUGCUCACUGGAAACACCAUCGCCCUGGUGCUGGGCGGGGGCGGGGCCAGGGGCUGCUCCCAUAUCGGGGUGCUGAAGGCGCUGGAGGAGGCGGGGGUCCCCGUGGACCUGGUGGGCGGCACAUCCAUCGGCUCCUUCAUUGGGGCCCUGUACGCCGAGGAGCGCAGCGCCAGCCGGACCAAGCAGAGGGCACGUGAGUGGGCCAAGGGCAUGACAUCCGUGUUGGAACCCGUGCUGGACCUCACUUACCCGGUUACCUCCAUGUUCACGGGCUCGGCCUUCAACCGCAGCAUCCACCGUGUCUUCCAGGACAAGCAGAUUGAGGACCUGUGGCUGCCCUACUUCAAUGUGACCACGGACAUCACGGCCUCGGCUAUGCGUGUCCACAAAGAUGGCUCCCUGUGGCGCUACGUGCGUGCCAGCAUGACGCUGUCUGGCUAUCUGCCCCCGCUGUGCGACCCCAAGGAUGGCCACCUGCUCAUGGACGGCGGUUACAUCAACAACCUGCCAGCGGACAUCGCCCGGAGCAUGGGUGCCAAAACAGUCAUCGCCAUCGACGUGGGCAGCCAGGACGAGACGGACCUGAGCACCUACGGGGACAGCCUGUCGGGCUGGUGGCUGCUGUGGAAGCGGCUGAACCCCUGGGCGGACAAGGUCAAGGUCCCGGACAUGGCAGAGAUCCAGUCCCGCCUGGCCUACGUGUCGUGUGUGCGGCAGCUGGAGGUGGUCAAGUCCAGCUGCUACUGCGAGUACCUGCGCCCUCCCAUCGACUGCUUCAAGACCAUGGACUUUGGCAAGUUCGACCAGAUCUACGACGUGGGCUACCAGUACGGCAAGGCUGUGUUCGGGGGCUGGACGCGAGGUGACGUCAUUGAAAAGAUGCUGACGGACCGGCGGUCCACGGACCUGAAUGAGAGCCGCCGCGCUGACGGGCUGGCAUUCCCCAGCUCCGGCUUCACGGACUUGGCCGAGAUCGUGUCGCGGAUCGAGCCCCCCACCAGCUACGUGUCUGACGGCUGUGCUGAUGGGGAGGAGUCGGACUGCCUGACCGAGUACGAGGAGGACGCUGGCCCGGACUGCUCGCGGGACGAAGGGGGCUCCCCAGAGGGCGCGAGCCCCAGCACCACGUCGGAGGUGGAAGAAGACAAGUCGAUGCUCCGGCACCGGCGCUUUGCACCCCAGGAGCCCCCCGGCUGGGCCACAGACACCUGAGGCCCCCGGCCGCUGCUCGUGGCCCACUCCUGAGGGGCGGCGACCCCCGGCUCCUG